AGCGCGCUGGCCACUCGCCGGCCUUCGAGAGAGCAGCGCGCCGGCCGCCAGCCUCGCAGGAGCCUCGGUGCCCUGCGGCCCCGCGCCCGGGGGAUCCCGGCGGCGCCAUGGACAGAGGCCGGGUGCUGGAGCAGCUGCUCCCGGAGCUCACUGGUCUGCUUAGCCUCCUGGACCAUGAGUACCUAAGUGACAGCACCCUGGAGAAGAAGAUGGCCGUGGCCUCCAUCCUGCAGAGCCUACAGCCUCUCCCAGCUAAGGAAGUCUCCUACCUAUACGUGAACACUGCUGACCUCCACUCGGGGCCCAGCUUUGUGGAGUCCCUCUUUGAAGAAUUUGACUGUGACCUGAGUGACCUUCGGGACAUGCCAGAGGAUGAUGGGGAGCCCAGCAAAGGAACCAGCCCUGAGCCAGCCAAGAGCCCAUCUCUGAGAAAUGCAGCAGACCUGCCUCCGCCACUGCCCAACAAGCCUCCCCCUGAGGACUACUAUGAGGAGGCCCUUCCUCUGGGACCAGGCAAGUCCCCUGAGUACAUCAGCUCCCACAAUGGAUGCAGCCCAGCCCACUCGAUUGUGGAUGGCUAUUAUGAGGACGCAGACAGCAGCUACCCUGCGGCCAGGAUGAACGGAGAGCUGAAGAACUCCUACAAUGACUCAGACGCCAUGAGCAGCUCCUACGAGUCCUAUGAUGAGGAGGAGGAGGAAGGGAAGGGGCCACAGCCUAGGCACCAGUGGCCCUCCGAGGAGGCCUCCAUGCACCUGGUGAGGGACUGCAGGAUAUGUGCCUUCCUGCUACGGAAAAAGCGCUUUGGACAGUGGGCCAAGCAGCUGACCGUCAUCAAGGAGGACCAGCUCUUGUGUUACAAAAGCUCCAAGGACCGUCAGCCACAUCUGAGGUUGGCGCUGGAUGCCUGCAGCGUCAUCUACGUGCCCAAGGACAGCCGGCACAAGAGGCAUGAGCUGCGCUUCACCCAGGGGGCCACUGAGGUCUUGGUGCUCGCACUGCAGAGCCGGGAGCAGGCUGAGGAAUGGAUGAAGGUCAUCCGAGAGGUCAGCAGGUCAACUGGGGGAGCUGAGGGUACAGAGGCUCCCAGAUCCCCAGUGCUCCUGUGCAAGCUGGACCUGGACAAGUGGCUGUCCCAAGAAAAGCAGACCUCAGACUCCGACAGCCUAGGCAUGGGAGACAGUGCUUCUACCCUCAGCCGCCGGGAGACCUGCGAACAUGGUAAAGGGAAGAAGAGCAGCCUGGCAGAGCUGAAGGGCUCCAUGAGCAGAGCUGCAGGCCGCAAGAUCACCCGCAUCAUCAGCUUCUCCAAGAAAAAAGCACUGGCUGAAGACCUGCAGACGUCCUCUGCAGAGGAGGAGGUCCCCUGCUGUGGCUAUCUGCAUGUGCUGGUGAACCAGGGCUGGAAGGAACGCUGGUGCCGCCUCAAAUGCAACACACUGUAUUUCCACAAGGACCGCGCAGACCUGCGGACCCACGUGAACGCAAUCGCCCUCCGGGGCUGUGAGGUGGCUCCGGGCUUUGGGCCCAGACACCCAUUUGCCUUCAGGAUCCUGCGUAACCGACAGGAGGUGGCCAUCCUGGAGGCGAGCUGUUCAGAGGACAUGGGUCGCUGGCUUGGGCUGCUGCUGGUGGAGAUGGGCUCCAAAGUCACUCCAGAGGCGCUGCACUAUGACUACGUGGACGUGGAGACCUUAACCAGCAUUGUCAGUGCUGGGCGCAACUCCUUCCUAUAUGCAAGAUCCUGCCAGGAUCAGUGGCCUGAGCCCAGAGUCUAUGAUGAUGUUCCUUAUGAAAAGAUGCAGGAUGAGGAACCUGAGCGCCCCACUGGAGCCCAGGUGAAACGCCAUGCCUCCUCCUGCAGUGAGAAGUCCCAUCGAGUGGAUCCACAGGUCAAGGUCAAACGCCAUGCCUCCAGUGCCAAUCAAUACAAGUAUGGCAAGAACCGAGCUGAGGAGGAUGCCCGGAGAUACCUGGUAGAAAAAGAGAAGCUGGAGAAAGAGAAAGAGACAAUUCGGACAGAGCUGAUGGCACUUCGGCAGGAGAAGAGGGAGCUGCGGGAAGCCAUUCGGAACAGCCCAGGAGCAAAGUUAAAGGCUCUGGAGGAAGCUGUGGCCACCCUGGAAGCUGAGUGUCGGGCAAAGGAGGAACACAGGAUCGACCUAGAACUGAGGCUCGUGGCUGUGAAAGAGCACUUGCAGCAGUCCCUGGCAGGGGGUCCAGCCCUGGGGCUCUCCAUGAGCAGCAAAAACAAGAGUGGGGAAGCUGCAAGUAAAUCUCAAAACAAUGUUCCAGAUCAAUCUCUCCCUGUCAACUGCGUUUCUGAGCUGAGGAAGAGGAGCCCAUCCAUUGUAACCUCCAACCAAGGAAGGGUGCUACAGAAAGCCAAGGAAUGGGAAAUGAAGAAGACCUAGAAUGAAGAUGAGGAUUUCAUUCCAAAAGAAAUACCAGUUUGUCCAUCUGAGGCGUAAAUGCUUUUUUCACAAAGAGAAACCAGGAGAAAACUGGAAGUAGCUCCCAUUUUCUGGGGCACCCAAAAGAC